AUGGAGGCUAAGGCAGAGCGGGAGAGGAGGCAUCAGCUACAGCUUCGAGAAGACGAGGAUGAGCCGGGAAAAACGAGGCCGGAUCUGUCCUUGGCGAAGCGAGAGCCGCGCAGCCCGACGCCCGCGCCCUGCUCUCAGGGGCACAGCGCCGGGGGCCCGAGCGGCUCCUCCGGAAGGCCGAGCCGGACCCCGGCAGCCCGCGGCGCCCACGCCUCAGGGAACCGUGCGCACAGCUGCAGAGGCUCAGCAACCAAAAGGGAAACCGAGUCCUUUGAGAGAAGCCGCAGAUCUCCUCCCAGUAAGAGAAGCCGCAGACAUGUCCAUCCUGCAGUCAAGCGGGAGCGGGAACGUGAAAACCAUCCCCCGAGAGGAAGGGGAGAAAGGUCACCCAGGCUGCAGGGAAGGGGGGCCCGGGCCCGACACCUCAGCCCUCCCCAGCAGAGCAAGGCCACCAGGCAGAGGCCUAGGGCUGGGCGCCACCGGGAUGCCCAGAACCUACGGGAACAAGCAGCAGAAAGAGAGUUUUAUAACUCUCUGCGCGGCCACCGCCAGCAGCCUGACCAGAAGAAAGAUGGGGGUGGCAGCAGUGACGGGGAGCAGCAGAUGGUCUGGCAGUCUGCUGAGGGGCACGGGAAGGGAAAAGACCCGCCCAGUAAGGAGAAGCCCAGCUCUGAGCUUUCAGGGGCACUGCUGGAGGAUGCCAACACGUUCCGGGGGGUGGUGAUCAAGUACAGUGAGCCUCCAGAGGCGCGGGUCCCAAAGAAAUGCUGGCGCCUUUACCCCUUUAAGAAUGACAAGGCCCUUCCAGUCAUGCACAUCCACAGACAGAGUGCUUAUCUCCUGGGCAGACAAAGGCGAAUUGCAGAUAUUUCCAUCGACCACCCCUCCUGUUCCAAGCAGCAUGCAGUAUUUCAGUACCGCCUGGUAGAAUACACUCGGGCUGAUGGCACAGCUGGCCGCAGGGUAAGGCCCUACAUCAUCGACCUUGGCUCAGCGAAUGGCACCUUCUUGAACAACCAGCCCAUUGAGUCCCAGCGUUACUAUGAGCUCAAGGAGAAGGAUGUGCUCAAGUUUGGGUUCAGUAGCAGGGAAUAUGUACUGCUUCACGACUCCUCAGACUCCUCUGAGGUGGAUGGAAGAGAAGAUGAGGGAGAGGAGGAAAUGUCUGACACCUAA